GCCGGUUAUGAUCCAAAUUUUGAAACUCCCUCUUUAUCCCACUUACUCUAUAUAAUCACUUAUUUUAUCUUGUUAACAGUUACAAAUUCUACUUACUACGGAGGAUUCCGAUUCCUGUAAGACACUCACUUCAAAAAUUCACAAAAAAUGAAUUGCAAAACCAUGGCCUCUUUUUUAGGUUUCUAUUUUGUUACACUAAUUAUAUUAGCCAUCACAACUUUUGCUCCGGUCACAGCCGCAGAGGAACUCGCAGUAGGUGGAGCCACUGGAUGGCGGCAGCCGGGUGCUAACGAAACCGAAAUGUAUUCCAACUGGGCUGCUACAAGGAGAUUUCGGAUUGGCGAUUCACUCCGUUUUGAGUACAAGAAUGAUUCAGUUGUGGUGGUGGAUAAAUGGGGAUACUAUCACUGCAAUGAAAGCCAUCCUAUAUCAGUGUACAACACUGGGAACACCAUUAUUAAUAUCGAAAAGCCUGGUCCUAUGUACUUUGUGAGUGGAGAUCCAGAGCAUUGCAAGAAUGGACAAAGAUUAUUGGUUGAGGUGAUUAGGGUGCACCAAGAUUCUCCUGCACCAUCACCAUUUUCAAGUGCAGCAUCAUCUUCUGUUUUCUCAAAUUUGGUUUUCAUAUAUAUGGUCCUCAUUACUGCUGCCUCCUCUAUUAUGUGAAAGGCAUGUUUUUACGAGGAUUUAAUAGCACUCGAUAAUUUUAAUUAUAUUUAAUAUCUUGUUAUGUUUAGCACAUAAAUUAUAUGUUGUAAUGGAUUUUUUUUGCUAUUAAUUCUUAAUUUAUGAUAUUUAUUUUAGUAUUAUAUAAAAAGUUCGUUA